AUGAAACAAGCUCUCACUCCGCCUUCUUCAGGUGUCGUUAACACCCAAAUCCCAUUUUCUUCUUGUUUCAAACCCCGACUUAACACCCAUUUCAUUUUCUCUUUCGAACCCCUAACUUCCUCCUCACUUCCAUACAAAAGCCCCAUUUUGAAUCAGAUUCGGACCAUGUCACUCCAAGGCAUGACAGCCCUUGUAACUGGCGGCACUCGUGGAAUUGGGCAUGCCAUAGUGGAGGAAUUGGCGGGACUUGGAGCAAUGGUGCACACAUGUUCUCGUAAUGAAAAUGAGCUUGACAUGUGCUUGCUCGAAUGGAAAGGUUUGGGCUUUGAAGUUUCUGAUUCUGUAUGCGAUGUGUCCUUAAGAGCGCAAAGAGAGAGCUUAAUGGAAAAGGUUUCAUCAUUGUUUGAUUCCAAGCUCAAUGUCUUCGUAACUAAAAUGGACCAUUGGUUUCCUUAUGUUGGGACAAACAUAAGGAAACCAAUGGUAGAUUUCACAGAUGAAGUUUCAACUCUUUUGACAACCAAUUUUGAAUCUGUAUUCAACUUGUGCCAACUUGCAUAUCCACUUCUCAGAGCAUCAGGAUUAGGAAGUGUUGUAUUCACCUCUUCGGUGUCUGGAUUUGUUUCACUCAAGUCCAUGUCACUACAAGGAGCAACUAAAAGAGCUAUCAACCAACUUACAAAGAACUUGGCUUGUGAGUGGGCAAAGGAUAGUAUAAGGAGUAAUGCUGUUGCACCUUGGUACAUCAGAACUUCCUUGGUGGAACAAGUACUCAGCAACAAAGAAUAUUUAGAGGAGGUGUAUUCUCGAACCCCUCUACGACGACUUGGAGACCCGACAGAGGUUUCAUCCUUGGUAGCAUUCCUUUGCAUGCCUGCAUCAUCUUACAUAACUGGUCAGAUUAUAUGUGUUGAUGGUGGCAUGUCUGUAAAUGGUUUCGACCCAAAAAUUUACUAG